CGCGAGAUACCUUUGGCAGCAUGGCUCCUCUAAAGGAUUUGCUUGUACUCCUGGUCUUUUUCCUCUCAAAAUCCAGUCUGGUCAUUUGCAGCUUCCCUGCUUUUUUACCCUGUGGUAACUUAAGCCGAGAGACGAUUGACUGCUGUGAUCAUGGCCUUAGUGAAAUCCCUAACUUCCAGAUAUCUACUUGGGAAGUGAGUACCCUCUUGCUGAACUUGAAUUACAUCAGCCAUAUUUCCAACAGCUCGUUCUCGAUGUUUCCACACCUUAGAUAUUUGAAUCUUGACUACAAUUGCCCUUAUAUGAAGAAUGCCAAAGGUAUGGACUGCCACAUCUUGCUUGAAACUGGGGCGUUUCUUGGACUGAUUUAUUUACAAGCACUCAGCCUACGUGGAAAUGGCUUGACAAGCAUUCCUCCUUUGCCGCCAUCUCUAAAAAAUUUGACUAUUGAUUAUAAUCAUCUCCUUUUUCUGAAGCCCCCAAGUAUCUCUGGUCUUCACGUUCUGUAUGCAGAUGGAAAUUGUUACUACAGAAAUCCGUGCAACUCAGGCAUCACCAUCUCAGAGAACUUUUUCCAAAGCAUGACAGAAAUAAGGAUCCUCUCUCUGAAAUAUAACAACCUGACCGCUGUUCCCAAGAAUCUUCCUUCCAGCCUGCAGAUCCUUUACCUGCAGGCCAACCAAAUUCACACAAUUGGACCAGGGGACUUCAGCGCACUCAUUCAACUUUCAACUCUGGACAUGCGGGAGAACUGCAGGAGAUGUGACCAUGCCUCCAACCCGUGCUUGCCCUGCCAAAAGGGCUCUAUGCACCUGCAUAGGAAGUCCUUCUCAGAUCUUCAUGCUCUUACCUGGCUCCAUCUCUCUGACAACUCUCUCACAUCUCUUGACGAACAGCUCAUAUUCCCUUUGAAGAAUCUGGAGUUCUUGGACCUCUCAGUAAAUUUUCUCUCUAAAGAGAAAAACUCUGCUCUUGUGUUAGGAGAGAAGGCCUUCAAACACUUGGUUAGACUGAAAACUCUCUCAAUGUCCUUUAACUACAAGCAGAAAACUUCCUUCAAGAAACUAAUUCUUUCUCAGGAUUUCAGCUUCUUGGAGGCCUUGGAAGAACUGCACAUUGCAGGUUGUUUCUUUCACAGCGUGGAGCCAGAAUCCAUAAAACCUCUGGCAGCCCUGAGUAAACUUGUCAGAAUUGAUCUCAGGCUUAAUCUUAUCCGUAAUCUUAAACUGCAGAUUUUUGCUAACAAAACUUCACUCACUUACAUCGGCCUUUCUGAGAAUGAAAUCACAUGCUCCUCUUGCCAGCAUGAUGAUGAUGAGGAGUCUCAAGAGACAUCACCAAGUCAAAACCUCCCAUCCCAUGCUUCUGGCCAUAUCAAAAGUUCAAAUCUUCAACCAGAAACAAAGCCAAAUCCAGAUCCAGAUCCAUUUUUGCUGCCUUCACAACAAUGUAAACACUACUCAACCCUGAAUCUGAGGAAGAACAAUCUCAUCUUCAUUAGGCCUCAUCUUUUCCAGGGUUUUGAGCAUAUCGAAUGCCUUUUGUUGUCUCACAACAGCAUCAGCCAGGCGUUCAAUGGGACACAGUUUGUCAACCUCAGAAACCUCAAAAUUUUGGACGUCUCCUACAAUAGGAUCAACCUCUAUGCAGAUCAGGCUUUUAGGGAGCUUGAGCACCUGGAGGUCCUGGACCUGAGCUAUAACAGUUAUCACUUCAUGAUGAGUGGAAUGGGACAUCGGUUAAACUUUAUUGAGAAGCUGCCUCAUCUCAGGAGGCUCAAUCUUGGGAACAAUGGUAUAUCGUCACGAAUCACCAAGGAGAUAAGAAGCACAUCUCUGCAGGAGUUUAUAUUUCAAGGCAACCACUUGGACAUUAUGUGGGCCAGAAAACUAUAUUCCCGUUUUUUCAAGAACCUUUCCAAUUUAACUAUGUUAGAUCUGUCCCAGAACUAUCUCACUGAAAUUCCUCAAGAGGUCAUGAAGAAUCUCCCUUCAUCUUUAAGGAAACUCUACCUCCAUAGUAACAGGCUUGCAUAUUUUCCGUGGAAAAUGUUGAGCUUCCUUCCCAAUCUCGAACUUUUAGAUCUCAGCAGAAACCGAUUUGUCUCAUUGUCCCCUAAAGCUGUAAUCAAUAGCUAUCUGCCCUGUCACAGUCAUCUUGACACUGUUGUCCUUAGCAUGAACCGACUUGAUGAAAUUGAAAGCAACUUCUUCAACAAUGCGACAGUGCUUUCUCACCUCAACUUGAGCUUUAACUUGCUGCAGAAGAUUGACUUCACCAAUGACCUCCUUCAAAGGCUGCAAGUGAUAGACAUUCAAGGAAACCCCUUAAUAUGUUCCUGUGACUCAACAAUUUUUCAAGUUUUUGCCAACUUUAAUAUUUCCAUUCCUGAUCUUACUAACCGGGUGAAGUGUGGCUCUCCGGUGCAACUGAAAGGUCAAAGUAUUUUCGUGAGAGAUGCCCUGCUGUGUACCAACAACUUGAACAUGUUCUUGUUUGUGUCAACGUUCCUUAUUAACUUCUUGCUCACAGCUAUCAUAGUGCUCAAACAACUCCUAAGCUGGGAUGUCUGGUACAUCUUCCACAUGUGGUCCGCUAAAUGCUACGGGUUGCUUUUCACAACCCCACAGAAGAAGGCGUAUGAUGCUUUUGUUGCAUUUGACAAGCAGCAGGAGUUUGUGUCGGACUGGGUGUACAACGAGCUUCGUGUUCAGCUGGAGGAAAAUGGAAUUCACAGAUUCAGGCUUUGCCUGGAAGAGCGAGACUGGCUUCCUGGCAUGUCAUCCAUUGAAAACUUAUACAACUCGGUGGUGAACAGUAAGGUGACUCUUUUUGUGCUCACCAAGGAGAAUUGCAUGAGUGGCAUACUUAGAGAGGCUUUCUUCAUUGCCCAGCAACGGUUGCUCGAUGAAAAAAAGGAUGUAAUGAUCUUCAUCCUCCUGGAGAAGGCCUGGAGGACUUCACGCUACUUGCAGCUUCGCCGGCAUCUCUGCAGCGAGACAAUACUCCUUUGGCCAGCCAGUCUGUAUAAGCAGCAUUACUUCUGGUACAGGUUGAGGUGCAUUAUGGGGAAGGACCUCCAAAGCUAUUAUGACCGCAAGUUCAGCUUCAGCUUUGAAAACUGACUAGGGACAGAAACUGAUGUGUUCAACUGUAACCCUACCAAACACGUUAAGACUUUGUGCUGAUAUGAAGACUGCACCUUCUCUGUGCGUUUGCAUCGGUUGUUCCCAUACAUUCCAACACCAAGCAUGAAUGGAUGAUUGCAUACUGACCACGUGUGUCCUGGCAACCCAUCCUCAGUUGCUUUAUGUACUGCACCUACAUCCUGAAUCAGAUCAAAUGUCUUUCGGUAUGUUUUGUUAAUUGAACUCUAGAUGUUCAAAUGCGUUACUUCACUAAAAAAAAAAGAUCUAGUGUUGAAAUUAUAUUUUGGGACACAUAAUAAAGUCAUUUGAAUGUUUAAAAUAAUAGCCAUCUGUUAUCAUCUGUACCCGGUUUGCCCAAUUUAGGGUAACAUGGGCUUAUACCUACGCUAGCAUAAUUUGUUGCAAGGCAGGAAUCGGCCCUGGAAUGAACGUCACACAAAAUAACAUUUUCAAACCCAUUUAAUCCAAUUCAGG